AUGCCUCCCAUCGAUCCUAGCUCAGCGCUAGGCGCGAGCAUAAGCGAUUAUUUCGAGACUGGACUGUACAGCGACCUCCGCGUCAAGGACAGCAACGGCCAUGAGUACGCUGUCCACCGCAUCAUCGUCUGCGGACAGAGCGCCGUUCUCACCAAUGCCUGCAAGCUUGAGCAUGGUUUCAGGGAAGCCCAGACUAGCGUCAUUGACCUCGGACACGACGAUCCUGAUGCCGUGAGGGACAUGCUGGAGUUCAUGUACCACCAUCGUUAUCUGGCCUCAACCAACCAUGCCAUGCUGCAGCACGCCCGCGCUUAUGCCAUCGGCGAUAUCUACUUCAUACCGGAACUGAAAAGUUACGCCGCUGCUGAGUUCAAGAAGCUUUCAUCUAAGGGAUGGAACACGGCCGAUUUCACCGCCGCUGUCAGGGUCAUCUACGAUUCAGUUCCAAUCACUGACAAACAUGAGAUCCGAGACAUCAUGACCAGCGUUAUCGCAGAGCACUACGACGUUUUGCUCGCGAAGCCCGAGUUCGAGGCCGUCUUGGAUGACUUCAGUGUACUUGGGAAGGAAAUUCUACGCGCUUUGGCGAGAGCCAAAGCUGAGCGUAGGCCCUAUGUGCAGAGUGGUCAGCCGUCCGUCGAUAUGAGACGCGUGAUGCGGCAUUUAAGGAUAGACAAUUGA